AUGGAGAAAAUCAUCUACGACUUCUACUAUGAUCUCUUCGACAGCCAUGUCCACUUGCCUUCUCACCAUCUGAGGGAAGACGGACAUAUCAUUCCAGAGGUUCUCCCAUCCAAAAUACGACAUGCCAUCAUAUCGGAAGGAAAUAGUACGGCACCCGAUCCCGACAGAAUAAGACCAGAACACCUGAAGAACCGAUCACGAUUGAUCACAUUCACACUGUUUCGGAACUCAUCGAGGCAUCGCGAAGGUACAAGAUGCCGCUGUCUCACCUUCAUCGACUUGAAGAAGGUCUUCGACUCUGUUGAGACGGAAGUGGUCAUGGAAACCUUGGACAACCAAGGCGUUCCUACUCAGUACAUAAAGGUACUUCGAGAGUUGUACAGUAACUUCACGGCCGGAAUUUCGCCACUCUACAGGAAUAUUAUCAUUGACGUGAAGAGGGGGUCCGACAGGGUGAUACAAUCUCACCCAAAAUAUUAA